GAUUAUCGGUCAUACGUCAGUGAAUUGUCAAAAUUAAACAUGUUGUACCUAGUUCAUCAAAAAUCAUGAAAUUUCACGUGGGCGGCAAUUCAAUUCCAAGGAUUUUUAAUGGGGUGAUAAAUUUAAAACAUAGAACUACGAAUCCAAGGGUUCAGUACAAUGAUCCAUCCAUUCUGUUUAAUAGUAUGAAGGACAAAGUAGCUCUCGUUAACGAAGGCACGUAUGGUUUAGGUCUUAAAUGUGCUAGGGAACUACUUCAGUGUGGUGUUAAGGGACUAAUGAUUUCAGGUGCCGACGAGAAGCAAGGGAGAUUUGUCAUCAAUGAGCUCUGCAGGGAACACGGCAAAGAAAAGUUAGCAUUCAUAAGGAUGGACUCAUCAAAGGAUGUCAUAGUUAAACAUGUUUACUCCGAAACAAUAAAGUACUUUCGUGGCCUCGACAUUGUUUUCAAUUAUUUACAUCACAUGAAGCACACCAGUUGGGAGGAGCAAGUGGAGCAUAACGUUAUGGGCCUUAUUAGAAUCACCAAGUGUGGGCUACAACAAAUGAAUCUUAAUAAAUGUGGAGGAGUUAUCAUCAAUGCCAUUGUCACGAAAGAAAACGAUGAACAAUGUCCUUUAUAUUUGGGCAUCAAGCAUUUUGUAAUCACAUUCAGUAAGGCCCUCAGUGCUGUCUCAUAUGAUGAUACAUCCGUUAAAAUUAUGACGGUCUGUUUUGAUGAAGAAGAAGUGUGUGAUGAAUCAAAUCAUGAGUCCACUCAAAGUCAGGGUCAUAACAUAAAUUCAAUAGUUAACAAAGGUAAAAAUGGGUCAAUUUGGUGUUGUUCCGUUUGAUGUAUUUAAUACUAAUUUAAUAAAAUAUAUACAAGACUGA